AUCUAGCACCGUUCCCCCAGCUAGUAGCGUCGUUUCCCCAGUGCCGCUCACAUUGCUGCCAAAUUUUUGCAAUGUCUGACUCCAAACCCCCCAGCAAGCAUGAACCUGACUUCGACUCGGAAAAGGAGAGCGGCUCCAAGACGCCGCCACAGGUCGAGGAGGCCCCUCCCCCACCCACACAACAGCUCGACGCGCCUCCAGACGGCGGCGCAGAGGCCUGGAUGACCGUCGCAGGAACCUGGUUCCUCGCAUUCAUCACCUUCGGUGUCGCCACAGUAUGGGGUGUAUUCCAGGACGCCUAUGUCAGCAACUCCACAUCGCGCUUCCAAAACGUCUCUGUCUUCAGGCUUGGCUUCGUCGGUGGAUGUGCCACGGGUUUCGCAUUCCUUGCUGGCCCAUUCUCCAACAUCCUCGUGUCUAAUUUUGGCGUCCACAAGACCGUGCUCGUUGGUGUUAUCAUGGUUGCCAUCUCGUUUGAGCUUGCGUCGAUAGCGAAGGAGUACUGGGAACUGUUCCUCUCUCAAGGUCUUAUGUUUGGUCUUGGUGCAUCGCUUGCUUUCAUCCCGUCUGCUGGUCUGCCGUCGCAAUGGUUUGCUAAGCGCCGCAAUCUUGCCACCGCUAUUGCUAGUUCAGGCAGUGGGAUCAGUGCUGUCAUCCUGUCGUCGGUCUGCCAGGCUAUCAUCGACGCGAGCUCGAUUGCGUGGGCACUGCGAUUCCUCGGGUUCCUGACACUGGUGUUCGGGCUGGCAGGAGUGUCGCUGAUCCGUGUGCGCACUGUGGCGAAGAAGCAAGUCCAAUACAAGGUCCUGGAUCUGAGCAUCCUGAAGGUCCGGGGGUAUCCGCUGUACCUCGCGUAUGCAUUCCUGCAGUUCUUUGGAUACUGCACGCCUGUGUUCUUCAUUCCCAGUUACUGCACGGCAAUCGGUCUGAGCCCGACGAAGGCGUCUGGUGUGCUGUCGAUCGCGACGGGUCUCAAUGCUGUCGGGCGUGUGAUGGCUGGCGUGUUCGGGGACAUCAUCGGCCCGAUCAACGUGCUGAUCAUGUUCAACUCUCUUACGGGUCUGAUGUGUAUCUUGGUGUGGUACUUUGCCAAGACCUUCGGGGACAUGGUCGGGUUUGCGAUUCUGUGGGGCUUCUUCUGUGGAGCAUACUGGGCUCUGUCUGUUCCUGUGUCGGCGAAGAUCGUUGGUAUGCCAAGGCUCGGUUCUGCGGUGGCGCUGCAAUUCCUGAUGAACGUCAUCCCACCUGUCUUCGCCGUCCCGAUCGGGUCGCGUAUUAUCAAUGCUACGGCGGCGAGCCACCACGUAGCAGAGGAGUCGCGUACGGCGUACAAGUACUUGAUCGUGUUCACCUUCCUGGUGCCUGUCAUCGCAUCGUUCAUGCUCGUGCCCGUCCGGCUGGGUUUCAGCAAGAAGCUCAUGGCGAAGGUGUAG